GCAGACUUUUGUACAUUCAAACAACGCAACGAAUUAAUUAUGGUUCAACAGUCCAAAAUUAAUAAAGAUGAAGAAAAUCCAGCUAUAACAGUUCUGCGAUAUUGCAUGUCUGCUGCAGUAGCAGGUAGUAUAUUGGACAUGGGAAACCAUGUUAUGCGUGGAGCAGAAUUUAAUACUAAUGCGACAGUUGGAAAAAUGAUAAGAGGCUCAUUUUUAGGAGGUCGUUUAGGACUUUUUUAUUUUGGUGGUACAUAUUUAUCAUCACAAAUAAGAAAAAAGGAUGACUUCUUUAAUAAUAUAAUAGGAGCAUGUACCACCAUUCCACUACUUCGUCAAUAUAUGGCUUUACAUUAUACUUAUCCAAUUAUGGUCGCAGUGAUAGGUACUAUAAUUGCAUGGAAAAGUCUACAUAUAGGUCCUUCUGAAGAUAUAGGUCAACUUUCCUACUAUGGCCGUGAAAUUGAUAUAGAAACAAUGCUGCGAAAACCACCAGGAGAACCCUUCGUGAAGCAUACACCAAAUAGUUUUUUCUAAUUAAAUUAAUAAAAAU